AUGGCUGUGUCGGCUUCGGCGGCAUAUGCUGCGAUGAGGGCGACACAGCAGGCUCUCCAACCGGUGCCUACGAAUGCCAUGGGUAAUGAUUCUGGCAGCGGCGGCGACAAGACACAAGAGCAUAAUGACAGCCGGACUGGGCCUGACUCCCCAUACACGACCACAGCUCUGAGCCGCUGGUCUCUGUUGAAUCGCAAGCUUCCGGACGCGGACAGCAUUCGCAGUCUGCACAUUUACGAUUUCGACAACACCCUAUUCAAGACGCCUCUGCCGAACCCGAAGUUGUGGAACAACCCGACACUCGGCUAUCUCUCCAGCCAGGAUGUGAUCUCGACGGGAGGCUGGUGGCACGACUCGCGGAUUCUGGCGGCGACCGGCGAAGGAAUGGCCAAGGAAGAGCUGCGAGCUUGGGAGGGCUGGUGGAACGAGCGGGUGGUCGACUUGGUGCGGCUGACACAGGCACAACCGGAUGCGCUCUGCGUCCUGCUGACGGGACGGUCGGAGAGCGGAUACAGCGAUCUGAUCCAGCGCAUGGUGACGAGCAAGGGGCUGGACUUUGACAUGGUGGCGCUGAAGCCGGUGGCAGGCCCGAAUAACGAGCGGUUCUCGAGCACAAUGGCGUUCAAGCAGGCCUUUCUCGAGACCCUGAUGGAGACAUACGCAGACGCAGGCGAGAUGCGCAUCUACGAGGACCGGCCCAGACACGUGACGGGCUUCCGCGACUUUCUGGCCGACUACAACAAGCGGCGGCAGCGGCGGCAGCCCAUUGCCGGCGAGGUGGUACCGGUGGUGGACGCGACGACGACGCUGGAUCCGGUGGUGGAAGUGGCUGAGGUGCAGCACAUGGUCAACCGGCACAACGCGGCGCUGCGCAAGAACGGUGGCAAAGGCCGGCGUGGCCCCCUGUCGGUCAAUAAGACGGUCUUCUUCACCGGCUAUCUCGUCAAGGAGGCGGACUCGAAGCGGCUGCUCAGCCUGCUGGGCGUACCACCGCCACAUCAGCAGCCGGGCGGGCGGCGCGACCUGCGAUACCAUGCCAACAGCAUUCUGAUCUGUCCGCACGCGUGUCCGCCGCACCUGCUGAGCAAGGUUGGCGGCAUGGGCAGCAAGAUGUCGUGGGAGGUGGAGGCGACCGGGAGCAUCGACAACAGCGUAUGGGCGGCCAAGGUGCGGCCGGUGCCGGCGACGGCGACGAUCCACACGGAAGGUCCGAAGCCAGUGGUGGUGCUGGCGGUGGCGCGCAACGGGAGGCCGCACCAGGCGAACCAGAUCCGCCACUGGCAGCCGGUGGCGCGCGACAAGGCGUACGUGUUUGAGACGACGGUGGGCGAGAAGGCACUGCUGCGCGUGGAGCCGGAGAACGGGGCGAACCGGCGUCGUCACCACAGCAACAACAACGAGGGUGAUAACACGGGCAACGGCAGCAGCAGCAGCGGCGAGGGUGAUGGGGACGGUGAUGUGGAGGGCUCGGGCGAGGGCUCGGCCGAUGGUGAAGGCGGCGACAGCAACCAGACGACCAAAUCGAGGGGCUCCAGGCGGAAGAAUCAUUCAGGCGUUGGCGGCAACAGCAACGACCGACGACAACAACAGCAGCAGCAGCAGCGAAAUGGGCCGAUCCCGACGCAGCCAGCGGCCUUUUCUGCGUUUGGUGCGCAAAGCGGCCGUGGUUACCACUUCCAAGCGACAACUCGGGGCGGACGAGGAGGCGCGGCUGCUCGCGGUCCUGGAUUUGUUGCCGGCCGUGGGGGCUACCGUGGUGGACCGCAGCGAGGACGCGGUGGCGGUGGUGGAGGAGCAGGCGGAGCGGGCAAGCAGCUGGGUCGAGCACAACAGCAGCAGCAGCAGCAAGGAAAUCGGCAUUUUUACCAGUCUCUUGACGAUGCCGGAGGGUCUGGCGGCUCGGGCGGACCGACACAGCCAAUGGUGUACGACGACGAGAUGGGACAGUAG